AAAACAUGACGCGAAUAGGCGCUGUGAGUCGAGCGGAAGCCAUGAUUGUUGUCCUUCCAGCUGCCUGUUGGGAGAUUGAAGAGCGGAGAAGACGAGCUUUGGCUGCAUGUCUGGGAAAAUAUCACUCCCACAUUUGCGUUACCACCUCCCGAAUGCAGAUUAACAGGUAUGCCAAAGGAGAAAUAUGAGCCUCCAGACCCGCGCAGGCUGUACACUAUCAUGUCGGCAGAGGAGGCAGCCAGUGGGAAGAAGUCACACUGGGCCGAGUUAGAGAUUACCGGGCGGGUGAGAAACCUGAGCAGUUCGCUAUGGACACUCACCCAUCUGACCGCUCUGCACAUCAACAACAACAACCUCAGCCGACUCCCUCCUGAAAUCGCCAAGCUCCCUCACCUGGUCUACCUGAACCUGUCCUCCAACAAACUACGCAGCCUGCCAGCAGAACUCGGCAACAUGGUGUCUCUCAGGGAAUUGCUUUUGAACAACAACUGUUUACGGGUUUUGCCUUACGAACUUGGACGGCUGUUUCGCUUACAAACUCUCGGUCUCAAAGGUAACCCACUGUCCCAGGAUAUACUCAACCUCUACCAGGAGCCUGACGGAACAAGAAAACUAUUGAAUUACAUGCUAGACAAUCUUGCAGUCCACCCAGAACAACUCCCUCAAAGACCUUGGAUCACACUGAGGGAACGAGACCAAAUGAUGCCCACAGCUGUUUUCACAGUAAUGUGCUACAACGUGCUUUGUGAUAAAUAUGCAACGAGGCAGCUGUAUGGCUACUGUCCUUCCUGGGCCCUCAACUGGGAGUAUAGGAAGAAAGGCAUCAUGGAGGAGAUCACCAGCUGUGAUGCUGACAUUAUCAGUUUGCAGGAGGUGGAAACAGAGCAGUACUACACAUUUUUUCUGGAAACUCUAAAGGAGCGUGGAUAUGACGGGUAUUUUUGUCCGAAGUCUCGUGCCAAACUCGUGUCCGAGCAGGAAAGGAAGCACGUGGACGGCUGCGCCGUGUUCUUCAAAACAGAAAAGUUUGCACUAGUUCAGAAACACACGGUGGAGUUUAAUCAAGUGGCCAUGGCCAACUCGGAAGGCUCAGAGGUCAUGCUGAAUCGGGUGAUGACCAAAGACAACAUUGGAGUAGCCAUGCUGCUAGAGGUGAAGAAAGAGCUGUUUGCUGGAGGGUUGAAACCACCUGCAGAGAAGCAGCUUCUGUUGGUGGCUAAUGCUCACAUGCACUGGGACCCCGAAUACUCAGACGUCAAACUCAUCCAGACUGUCAUGUUCCUGUCAGAGCUGAAGAGCAUCGCCGAGAGGGCACUAAGCUCCACUGGGUCCACCUCAGCCAGCUCAGACUCCAUCUCCUUCCCUAUUGUCCUGUGUGCAGACCUCAACUCGCUUCCAGACUCUGGUGUGGUGGAAUACCUGAGCAACGGCGGGGUCGCAGAGAAUCACAAAGACUUCAAAGAGCUACGCUACAGUGAAUGUCUGAACAACUUCAGCUGCAACGGGAAGAAUGGCAAACCAGACGGCAGCAUCACCCACAGUUUCCAGCUGAAGAGCGCAUAUGAGAGCAAUCUGAUGCCUUACACUAAUUACACCUAUGACUUUAAGGGCGUGAUCGAUUACAUUUUCUUCUCCAAGACCCACAUGAAUGUGCUGGGCCUGCUGGGCCCUCUUGAGACCCAGUGGUUGGUGGAUAAUUGCAUCACCGGAUGCCCUCACCCACACAUCCCCUCCGAUCACUUCUCCCUCCUGGCUCAGUUGGAGUACCACCCUCCCCUGUCCUCCCUCAACGGCCUACACCUUCCCAUCCACAGGUAGUGGUGGAAGAAGAAAACCCUCCACUAACGGACAGAUCCCAAAGUUUCUACAAACAUCACCUAGGAGUGAAUAAUUCCCCCAAUCACUCCUUUUUUAACCAUUGCACAGAAUUGUAUUAAUACAUUUUCCAGAGUUAUAGAAAAAAGCUUGAUACCAAAUUAGGGUUGGGGUUCUACAUUUGAUACCAAUGACUGAAUCCAAAAGCAGCUCUCAUGUCCAUGUCGAUGACUGAAUGUCAGUUCUGAGAUGAUAUACCAACACUUCUACAGUGCUGGUGUGAGUAUGUCACAGAUAUAUAAAGACUGAGAUGUCUAUUCAUGUAGCAUAACAUUGUCAUCCCACUAAAAGAGUGUUAAAAGUGUUUUCUACUUUUGUCAGUAAUCAUGUUUUAUAUGUCCCCUUGUAUUUUAUUCACUGAAACAUCUAAUAGAAGAAAUGCCACAUUUGUAAAUGUAUGAAUUUAUGCAAAACUCAAACAAGAAAAUGGCAUUAUUGUAUAUUAUGUUAUUGUAGCAUCUGGUACUUUACAAGCAAAAAUCCCCCAUCUAUCUUUGUCUUUAUUUAUGGUAGAUAUGUGCUUGAAAUGGGACAAAGCAAGAUGAGAGAUGUAAAUUCCUGUAUUUGCAAUGUCAGAAAUUAUGCAAAAUGAUCUUUUCUGAUGUCCACAAUGGACACCAUUAAAGAGGAUCCCAGCCCUACUGAUUUUAA